CAAAAACUUCUUCACUGAUGCUCAGACAGCGAGCACCUGCUGCUCUGUAAUGAUUCAGCCUCUUUCAGCCGCCGCUGUAACACGACAGGAUGCUGCUGCUACUGUCACUUCUGCCGCUGCCGCUGUUGUUACAGAUUUUGCUUUUGCUCCUUCUACCGCAUGACAAUUGUUUUCCUCGUCUAAGCAGAUACCAGCCUCAGAUGCUCAAGGUGAGAGUCUUACCUUUCGCUCUGGGCUACUGGUUCACUUAAUCCGGUCAGUUUGUUCAGUGUUUUGUUUUUUCUUUAUCUCAUCACCCUCCUUCCCGCUGUUUUGUUUUGUUGUGCUUGCUUUUGGGGGAAUGUUUCUUCCCUCCUUCAGAAGAACUGAAAUUGCUUGAGAGGCAUUUAAGGAAUUAUAAAAGUGGCUAGCAAACAGGAGCUCAGUAAUUGCAAAGCUGUUCUCGCUUCGGAGAAGCAGAGAGAGUGACAGAGGGCUUGGGGGCAGGGGGACUGGGGGGCAUCUGAUUUUUCCUGUGCGUUACUCCUCUCCCAGUUUGGAUGACGUUGCUGAGCUUGGACCUUUUAUUGACUCCCACUCUGAUUUUUGCAGAGCACUGUGACUAUUACUACCAUCUCUUUUUGUCUGUGUCUCACAGUAAUGGACUGUGAUAGAGUUAAGGCCUUUUGGAGGUGAGCUGUUUGAGAGCUGAUGUUUAAACAUGUCUGAAGUAGCUGCCGACACUUUCCCCAGCCCCUCAGCUCAGCUGAGCCCUGAUGCAUCCCUCAACGGGCUCCCAGAUGAGGAGAACAUGCCGGGGACCCAAAGAGAGGACAGGAGGGUCCAGGGGAUAGCAGGCCUUGCCGCAACCUGCUGUGCGUGCCUGGAGGCAGAGCGACUGAAGGGCUGCCUCAACUCUGAAAAGAUCUGCAUCGCCCCUAUCCUGGCUUGCCUGCUUAGCCUUUGCCUCUGCAUUGCUGGCCUCAAGUGGGUCUUUGUGGACAAGAUUUUUGAGUACGACUCUCCUACCCACCUUGACCCCGGGAGGAUAGGACAAGACCCAAAGAGCGCUGUGGAUCCUACAGCUCUGUCUGCCUGGGUGCCUUCGGAGGUUUAUGCCUCGCCAUUCCUCGUACCUAGCCCCAAGAGCAAGGCUGAAGUGACAGUGCAAAGUGACAGCUCACUUGUGCCCUCCAAACCGUUCCUCCAGCCUUCUCUGUAUAACCGCGUCCUAGAUGUUGGGUUGUUGUCCUCUGCUGCACCUUCGCUGUCACCACCCGCCCUGGAGCCUACCACAGCGUCUCAGGCACAAGAAACCAAUCUCCAAACCACUCCAAAACUUUCCACUUCCACAUCUACAACUGGGACAAGUCAUCUCACAAAAUGUGACGUAAAGCAGAAAGCCUUCUGUGUAAAUGGGGGAGAGUGUUAUAUGGUUAAAGACCUCCCAAACCCCCCAAGAUACCUGUGCAGGUGCCCAAAUGAAUUUACUGGUGAUCGCUGCCAAAACUACGUAAUGGCCAGCUUCUACAAGCAUCUUGGGAUUGAAUUUAUGGAAGCUGAGGAAUUGUACCAGAAACGGGUGCUGACCAUAACUGGCAUUUGCAUUGCUCUUCUAGUAGUUGGCAUCAUGUGUGUGGUGGCCUACUGCAAAACCAAGAAGCAGAGGAAGAAGCUGCACGACCGCCUUCGGCAGAGCCUGCGCUCGGAAAGGAACAACGUGAUGAACAUGGCCAACGGGCCGCACCACCCCAACCCUCCGCCGGACAACGUCCAGCUGGUGAAUUACGUUUCGAAAAAUGUAAUCUCCAGUGAGCAUGUCAUCGAGCGAGAAACAGAGACCUCAUUUUCUACAAGCCACUACACCUCAACAACACACCACUCCGUGACAGUCACCCAGACACCUAGCCACAGCUGGAGUAACGGCCACACCGAAAGCAUCCUCUCUGAGAGCCACUCGGUGCUCGUCAGCUCCUCCAUGGAGAACAGCAGGCACGCCAGCCCGGCAGGGCCGCGCGGCCGCCUCAACGGCAUCGGCGGCCCACGGGAAGGCAGCAGCUUCCUCCGGCAUGCGAGAGAGACCCCCGACUCCUACCGAGACUCUCCUCACAGCGAAAGGUAUGUCUCAGCUAUGACCACACCAGCUCGCAUGUCACCCGUCGAUUUUCACACUCCAACUUCUCCCAAGUCCCGCCCCUCCACAAUGUCACCACCGGCUUCCAGCUUGACCGUCUCCAUCCCCUCAGUGGCGGUGAGUCCCUUCAUCGAAGAGGAGCGGCCACUGCUCCUGGUGACCCCACUGCAGCUACAUGAGAAGUAUGACCACCACCUUCAGCAAUUCAACUCCUUCCACCACAAUGCCACCCACGAGAGCAACAGCCUGCCACCGAGCCCUCUGCGGAUAGUGGAGGAUGAGGAGUACGAGACCACGCAGGAGUAUGAACCAGCACAGGAGCCUCCAAAGAAACUCACCAACAACCGGAGGGUCAAAAGAACAAAGCCCAACGGCCACAUUUCCAGCAGGGUGGAAGUGGACUCCGACACGAGCUCUGAGAGCAGCAGCUCUGAGACCGAGACCGAAGACGAAAGAAUAGGCGAGGAUACACCGUUCCUGAGCAUACCGAACCCCGGGGCGGCCGGUCUGGAGCCGGCCACGGCCUUCCGGCUGGCUGAGAGCAGGACUAACCCGGCAAACCGCUUCUCCACGCCAGAAGACUUGCAAGCAAGGUUGUCCAGUGCGAUAGCUAACCAAGACCCUAUUGCUGUAUAAAACAUAAAACACAUAGAUUCACAUGUAAAACUUUAUUUUAUAUAAUGAAGUAUUCCACCUUUAAAUUAAACGAUUUAUUUUAUUUUAGCAAUUCCGCUGAUAGAAAACAGGAGAGGGAAAAAAAAAAAAACUUUUAUAAAUUAAAUAUACGUAUGUACAAAUGUGUUAUGUGCCAUAUGUAGCAAUUUUUUACAGUAUUUCAAAAAUGGGGAAAGAUAUCAAUGGUGCCUUUAUGUUAUGUUAAGUUGAGAGCAAGUUUUGUACAGUUACAAUGAUGGCUGUCCCAUAGUAUUUUGCAAAACCUUUUAGCCCUCAGUUGUCCUAGCUUUUUUGUGCACUGCAUUAUGACUGGAUGUAUGAUUUGCAAGAAUUGCAGAAGUCCCUCUGGUCGCUUGCUGUAGAAUCCCCAGAUCAGAAAGCCCUGUAAUGGCACUCCAACUCUACCCCAACAGAAAAUUACACAUACACACACACACACACACUCUCUGAAAAAAAAAAAAAAAAAAAAAAAAAGAAAAAAAAAGAAAGAAAAAAAAAAGAAAAGGAAAAAAAAAGAAAAAAAUGGGAAAAAAAAUACAACAAAAAAUUUUUUCUUCUAUGAGAACUUUUAUUUGCUUCCUGUGUAUGAGAUGAGUUUUGUCUGCUCUCUGCCAGCCAAAAGGUUUGCUUCUUUGAGCACUGGGAUAAUAGUAGAUCCAACAGCAUGCUACUAUUAAUUACAGCAGGAUAACGAAAAACAUACAAACAAAAAUAAAGCACCAACCUGCAUUAAAUAAUGUUACUUAUAGAAAGAAAGUAAUACUGUGAUUUUAAACCAAAUAUAUUAUUAAUCAGAGGUCAGCUUGUAAUCACUAGGAGCUGCCAUUUCAUUAUUUUCCAGAUAUUAAUUGUUCUAGUUAUCCCUUAGGAAAUGGGUUUAAGUUAACUGAGGCUUUGAACCCAAUACUCUAUUUAAAAAAAAAAAAAAAAAAAAAAAAAAAAAGAGGAAAAAAAUUAAAAAAAAUUUAUAUAAUAGCAGAUAUCUGUAACCAAGCAAGGAAGAGAUCUAGCUGGAAAACAAAUGCCACUAAUAAAAGUGCAAUCAGUUUUCACCUCUAGUUUUUAAUGUUGCUUUCUAAUACACAAUUUAUUCUUUUGUUCCCCCUCAAUUUUUCUUCCCUUUUUUUCUCCUCCUCAGAAAGAACCCUGACAAGCUUCUAGCAAUACAUUGUUAGAGUUGCUGUUGGAGUAAGGAUUGCUCUUGGACACAGAAAUGCUUUCCAAGGAAGAACCUGAUUUGCUGAAUGGCUAAAAAGCAUAGGCACAUAGGAAGGACAUAGCAGAUGUAUGGAGUUUAUUUCUACUUGCCUUUAUUUACUCCAUUACUUGGGUAGAGAGAUGCAAGGGUGAUGCAAAGGCCAGUUACGAAGGCAAGCACACCAUGUGGGUUACAGCCAUAGUAACACAUGUGUGGGUGUUUGAUAUCAGUGUUCAGCCAGUGACACUCUUGAAGUCUUUGACUAGUAAUGAACAAGGAUGCUGUCAGUGCUGGAGCAGUUGCAUCCAUCCAGACAGAAGCAAAUGGCCUCUUUUGCACUGAAUUCCUAUCAGUUUAGUCAGGGUCACUCUGCCUCUUCUAUUCUUUUGAUAUUUUGUUGUGUGUUCAGUUGGCACAGCAUUGACUCAGGACUGAUGUGGAAAACAAAUGCUUUUCCUAGACUCUGGGGAUUCUGAAAAUGAGAACAUAUGUUUUACAGGUAUAACUGAGCUCAAAAUAAGAGCCAUGUCAAGAAAAAAAGAAUUUCAGCCAAACUACACUCAUCCUUUGGGCCACAUUCUGGUCCCAGUUAAAUGAAGACAAGUACGUCAAAGAAAUUUUGUGAGAUACAAACCUGAGGAACUAAAGUCCCGACUCCUUAAAUUGUUCAAGCAUAUGCUUAUGCUAAUCCCAGCAGAAGUUACCUUGAGCAUGUGCUAGACUCCCAUUUACACAACCAGCACAUGCACAAAGUUAAGCAUGUGCUUAAGAGUUUUGAUGAACAAAGCAUGUCCUAUUGAUUUGAGAUCUGAAAGCAGAGUAUAGUAAAAGAAGCUCUUUGCCAGGAUGAAAAAAAUCAGUGAGUAGCUCACUGUAUAAAUAACUGCAUCAUAUUACUAAGAACAUGGGUGAGUCUACGUGAACAGAUUCAGUAGAAGAAGAAUAAAAAAAACCCCUUGGUAUAGGAAGAAGAUGAUAAAGUUGUAGGAUGUUGGUAUGCUAGGAAACUAGCACAGCUUUGGGCUAUGUGGUGGCUGAAAUGGCCCUGCUUAUUUGAGAAGUCUAUGGGAGAUGGCAAAUACAUAGUCUGGACUUAAGUCCCCUUUGCCAUGUUUCCCUAGCUGGCAUGUACUUGAACACACUUUGCCUUUGCAGACUGAAACAAAAGCUCCCCUACAAAUUCUAGACAGCAUAGUCUCAUUUUCAUCCCUUUAGUCAUGCCUAUUUAUCUGCAAUCCCAUGCAGCAGAACACCCACCUCCCCAGUAAUUUUUCAACUCAGUAUUUCAGAGGGCCAAGUGGGCUUUCCUGAUGAAGGCCACAAGUUUCCAAAGGAUUUGCCUGUUGAGUUUCCAGAGGCACCGGAAAAUCUGUCCUUUCAGGAAGGCCUCUGAUACUGCAAAGACCUUGCAGGACAGAUGAGAGACAAAAAGUAUGGCAGAGAAACAAGAGAUUUCCCCAAAAAUUUCCCAUCUUAGUGGCAGAAUAGAGAGUAUAACACAGGUCUUUUGUAAACUUCUUCAGUACAGAUCACCCACAAGGCCAGCUCUCACUGAAGUGUCUGUUAAUAGCCCAGAUAGAUUAAUCAGGAUGGAAAGGGAACAUGCCUUGAAGUGGAGUAGAUUAUCCGACUACUAACACUGUUAUUAUAGUGGGCCAGUACAAAAUGAAGGAGCAAUUCCCUAUUUGGGAGCUGUGCCUGUGAGAUUUAUUUGGUGCAGGUCUAGGGAAAAAUGUCACACCUCUUCUGCUGCAGUGCCUCAAAGUCAAAGCGGUGUGCAGUUCCCACUCUUCCUCCCUCCUGGGACAUACACAGUGUGUUAUAGGGUAAGCAUGAAAUUAGGCUGGAGGCUUCACAUAGACCUAAGAACAAGAAAAUACAAUUGGGGAUAUGGCUGCCUAAGCCCUUAGGUCUUUGUGGAGAACCCAACCUUACAGCACAAUUCAUGCAGCAGCAAGUUAUGGGGAAUCGCCCUAGCUUGGCACUCACAGAACUGGGAGAAGGAUGCAGCCCCCCACCUCUCAACUCGUGUUUUAACUCUGAGAGGGUGUUUCACAUCAGUCAAGUCCACACUCAGAAGUUAGCAAGUCUACCUGGCCACAGAUGCUGCUGGCAGGCUGCAGCCGUCUCCUGCUGGCCAAGGGGCUGGAGGCUGCAGCAGCACGGGGCAGAGCCAGCAAGUGCCUACAGGAAAGGCCAGCUCCCCUGCUGGGGAUAUUUGCUUCAUUACCCAGACCUCUGAGCUAGGCAGUCCCAACACCCUUGAGCCAUCACUGUGUAACCCUUGCCAGCUUUUUUGGCUGAAGGUCACAGCAAGAAGAAACAUUCUUCGAAGAGGGGCAAAAUAUUCCAGUGGUGGCAGAGUUGUUGAGAUUGUCCUGAUUUAUUUCCAUGUUAUUUAAUUUUGGCCUUGAGUUUUCCCUCUGUAUGUGUUUAUAUGCAGGACUUAUUCCAGGAUAAAAGGCUUCUUUAAGGGAUGUAUAGCUGGCAUACGUUGUGCACAACCUGGGUACGGCCUGCCUGUUCAGGGGGUGUAAAUCAUUACAGCUCCACAGAGGUUCUCAUGUAAGAGAGAAAAGCCUACUUCCUCCUCUUGACUCAGUUAUUCUCUUCCUCACUUGAGCCACACCAACACCCCCAGGUUUUAAGAGAUCAAUCACUGCCUUUAUCAGGGAAACAGGAAAGCUCCUUCUUUCCAGUCCUCCAAAACAACAAUGCUGCAUCUCCCUGCUUCUCUCACACACAUUGCAAGCAGUUUCCUGAGCAUCCAGGAUAGCAAACUUGUGUCUCCUCAAAGGACACACUUCUCAGCCUGUUGAGCACUUCUUGGCCCUGCAGUGUGGCUACUUACCAUCAGCUGGGACUUACUGCUAGUAAGAAACAAAAAAAGCACCUACGAAAUGCUGCAGAGAAGGGCAGACAAAGAACAUGGCCAAUUACCAUCAUUUGUAAUUCUCUAUUCUACUGUAAAUACAUCUUGUACAUACAUGGAUGUUUUCAUUAUUUACUGUCUUUAUGAAUUAUAUGUUAAAUGAGAAGCUCUUAGUUUAUUGUGUAACACUGUAAAUAACAUAACGUCCUUUAUUAUUUAUGCAUAGGCAUCUAACACGCAGAGAAAGUUAUCCUCAUAUUAUUUUAAGAUAUAUGUCAAAAAUAUGUUGCAUUUUUCCUUUUGCUUUGAAAAAAUUGUAAUAUAUCCUCUUUUUCCCCUCUUUUCCUUUAAAAAAAAAAAAAGAAUGCUAAUUUAUUGUUCAGGAGAGAAAGGGGAUGUAACUGAAAGGCAAACUGUUCAAAGAACAUGCUAUGGAAGCCACAAGCUACUGAUAAACUAAAGAAUUUAUUACCCCAAAUACAGCAAUAAGUAAUUGUUGAUUUAUUAAGGUUUUGUUAUUCAUUUUCAGUAAAAGAGGUGCUGGAUUAAAUUGUUAUGUGUGGUCCUGGCCCAGCUGCUCAGCAGACUGUGUCAGGUCAGUAGCUACCAUCUUUGUGUAUCCAAACAUCGUUGUAAAGGUCUUUUUCUGUCAUUGUGGGCCACUGUUCUUGAGAUUUCUGACUCAUCCCUGCAGAGGUCUCUGGCAGACCCUCUUGUUCCUAUGUACAAUAUUUUUAGUUUCUGAAGUUAGAAUUAUUAGCUCAACCCUGAGCAUUACUACUUAGGGUGGAUGGGGUUGGGGGGAGGGUGGGGGGACUUGCAGAAACAACACAGUCUUGGGACUGUGGGAGCCUGCUCUGCAAAAAUGUCACCUCACUGUUCAGCAGCAGUCAAUAAAGCAAAUCAUGCUGGGAAUUAUUAGAUAGCGUCACCAUGCCACUAUCCAAAUUGUGCAGGUCUUAAGUACAAUACGUGGUGCUGGCCUUCUUGUCUCAGAAUAGAAAAGAGUUUAAUAGGCAAGGGUUUGGAGGCCAACCCAGGUGAAUAGAUAUCGGGAGUUAGUGGGGUCUGGGGAGCACAGGGUAGGCUGGAUCUCAUUAGUCUAGAAGAAAGGACAGCUGGGGGAAGAGAUCACAAAAGUCUGUGGAAACAUGAUUAUCUUGUAGAAGGUAGGGAAGGACUGGAUGUUUAGUACCUCUUCCAAUAAAAGAAUGGAGUUAUCAAUCAAAACUACUGGGCACCAAAUUCAUAAAGAUGUGACUCUUCAUGUAAGGUGUAGGGAACUUGGAGAACUACUUGCUGCAAGAGGUUGUGGAUCAUAAAAGUUUCCGUGGAUUCAUGGUGAGGGCCAGAUCUUAGACAUUAGUCCAGUGAAAAUUACUAAAUCCAUGGAAACCACAUCAGAUGUGGGAAAUAACUCAAAACAUGUGGAGGUUUUAUAAGGUGGAAAUGUCUUGUGUGUUUUCCCUGCUCUUGCUCUUCUCCAGCUAUCUGGCACACUUGGAAAGGAGGAGAAUAGAUAUCUAAUCUGGCUGUGCUUACAUGAUAUAAGUACGUAAAGUCAUUUGCUGUUAAGAAGUAUUAAAUAAGACAAAGAAAGCUAGGAGUGAGCAGAGGAGGGAGGAAUGCAGUAAAGACAUCUUGGAUGUGUUUCACAUUCAUUUGUUCCCUGGGCUAGUAGAAACAUGUAGGUCAGAUUCCUUUCACCUACCUACCUAGUGGCAAUGAAUGAGAUGCCAAACUGGGAAUGGAUGGAGAAAUUGAAGGAUAGAGGAAUGGAGGGAUGGGUGAAUGGAGGAACAGAGGGAUAAAAGAUGGGAGGGAGGGAGGGGUCAAGGGGUUUCUGUCACCCUCCCUCCUGGUGGGCCAGUCAAAUAUCAGGACAAGUUCGGUUUCCCUCAGACAACUUCCCUGUCUUUCUGUUUUAUAUGGAGGGAUCUUGUAGCAGUGAGUCUGGAUGCUUAGGCUGUUUGCCUCACCUCAAUGUCUUAGCUGGGUAGGGCCUUGUCACCUCAGAGCAAGCAUGAGGCACAUCCUAUGACACAGUGCUACUACUGAGGAUAGGAUGGCCUUCUUAUUUUCAUUGCAUGCUGUUGAAAUGGACUGCUCUGAGAAACCAGACCCCUUCUCAGGCAUCCCCACUGGCCUUUCAUGGGUGGGAGUGGAGGUAGAGAAUUUCUGAAGCAAUUAAGUACCAAAAGAACCAGUCAGAGUUAAGAGGACUAAGGACCUGAUGUCACAUUUGAUACAGACCAGAGAGAGCUUUAGGGAACACAUCCUUGUGUGUCCCAAAUGGCUGUCCUUGAAAAAAUUGUUUGUCACUCCAUGCUGUCUUUAUCCUGUUGGCUUUCUCUGCCAAGCUUCUGCCGCUGCAUUUCUCCACAAGGUCUGGAAGCAGAUGGCGUCAGGAAAAUCAAGCAAAUCCUUCUCAUUCCUGCAGCCCACAGCUGGGUAUGCUCUUAGCGUGCCAACUCCACCCAGUUAUGAGCACAUGAUUUGGCUAAUGCAUUCCCCAAGUUAAUUCUCUCUGUCUCGGUUACAACUGAUGGGAAGAAAAUUAUAUCAAAUGCCUUGAGGUGUUGCAGCUAGUCACUGAUGGUUAACCUGUGUAGCCCAAGUAAAGCAACACGGACUGUGCUCAGAUUAGGAGCCUGAGAACACCUCUUUAGGGGCAAUAGACCCUUAACACUGGCACUGGGAACCCUUCAGGGCUAAAACUCAUUUUACCUUGGAAAAAAAAAAAAAAAAAAAAAAGACAUAGAGCCUUGGGGAUUUCUGAUCCCAGAGUGCUUUUUCUGUGUGAUGGCAUGACCUUUCACUGGAGUAAUUUCAGAGUAGCCCUCAUUAGAAAGGUUCUACUGAUUGCGAAGUUAUUCCCCUUGCCUCCAGACUUAAGUCUGGCAGGACAAAUGCCAAGAAUCACUCGUAUGCUCCUGGUGACCCCACCCAUCAAGACAAGGACUAAAGGAAAGUUCCACGUCUCCCAUCAAGGAAGAGGUGGAACAAGAUCAGGCCCAUGCACAUCUAGGAAGGCUGUCAUGUCACUGGGGUUGGGGCAGCAUGGUGCUCCCCACCUGAGGGUGUUUGGAGCACUGUUCUUUCUAAGCACUGGCAGGGACUGUCAGAACCUGAGACAAAGCCAUCAGUGUGUGAACAGAAUGAAUUUCCUGGAAAGCUAGGCCUUACUCUCUAAGGUUUUAAGUCCAGAAGGUAACAAAGCCCCAACUUCAGUUGGAAGCUGGACUUCUAACGUAAAUGGCAGCUGCUAAGUUUCCACUUUGUUUCUUCCCCUUGGGGAUAGCAAGAGCGUUCCCUGCACUGGAAGCAAUGCCUUAGGAACUCAAGAGAGAGGAACCCUGGCAGCAGUGCACAGAAAACACCUGAAAUAAGGCCAGCUCUUUUGAUGACAGCAACAGAGGAGGUAUCAAGGGAGUCUUUGUAAGGUUAUAUGCUCAUCGGUUGGUAGGGAGUACAAUGAUUGUUAACAACUGAUUAAGUCAUUACUCUGGUAAUGGCCAAUUUGGAGCCGUGCUUCAGAAGCCAGAUAUUGUGUGGGAGGUAUUUUAACUUACCCUGCACAUUACUGCAUCAGUUGGGUUAUGCAUUCUGUAUGUGUAUACACACACAUACACUCUCUCAAUUUCCUGUAAUGAUUUCCUGAUGUUCAGUGCAUGCUCAGUGGCAGGAAAGGAAAAAUGCCACAACAAGGCCAUUUAGCAGCUGCGAAACUGCCUGCAUGCAAGAGUAAACACCUUUUGCACCUCAGAGAGGAAAAACUGAGGGUGGUAUUUGUCCUGUACAGCUGUGCAGAUAUAGAAAAGGAAUGCCUCUGUCCUUCCCAGUUGAACAGGCUGGACCACAGAUUGCAGGAGUUUUCACAGGGCCACAGCUGAGAAGGGACUGACAAGGUGAAAGAGUUAGGGGACUCAGACUAGAGUGAAGAGUGGUCAUGUGCCUCUCAUUGUAUUGAAAUAACCCUAGACACAAUGGAUUCAAUCCCAAACAGAAAAGGAGUCACUAAAGAUGCCAAAGUGGUGGGCCCUGGCCCCUUUAUAUGUGGCAAAGAGAGACAAUCUUCAAAGAGCAAUUCUUGUCACAAGUUCUUGUUCUCGGGAGGUUCCCAUCUUGUGCUCCCCUUUCUCAUCCUGAAGGCCCCAAAUCUGAGGGUGAGGUGAGUGAGAUCCCCCCCAGAAAAGGACAGUAAUCUGCUCAAUGUAUAUGAGAAGGCUCAGAUACCUGCAUGGAGUACAGCAUCAUUCCUAGAAAAAUCAGUGGGAACUAUCAGAGUAGUGAAAGCAGUAAUCCAGAAAUUAGGAAAUAAAAGCCACUUACAUGAAUGCCACAGUAUAAAUCCAGGAACCUGCAAUUCAGCAUCCAGUUUUAAAAUCAUCCCCUAGACAAAUCUCUAGAAAACAAAAAAAUGCCACCCUAGUAAUACAUUAACCACAUUAAUCAUUAAAAAAAAAAAAAAGAAGCCCUGUAAUUUUGUCAAUUUAGCAUCUGCACACACCAUCUUACCAUAUCCAACUAAAACAUGCAGUAUUUAUCUGAUGGCUAAUGGUUAUGAAAUAAAGCUCAAAGUAAUAAAACUCCAAAUAAGAACUGGCAGACUACAGCUA